CGUCGUCGGCGAAGAAAUCGCGUUACGUUCGUCCAAUCGUACUUGUUUUACUUGUUUUCGUUCCACGGCAUAUUCUAGAGUGGUGCGUAGUUCGCGACGUCGCUGACGUACACGGAGGGGGAUCAUGGGAUCGACGUGUCAUCUGACGGUGGCGAUCCUGCUGCUAGUCCAGUCGACCCUUCUUCUUGCGCACCGAGAGCACAAGGUCCACAACAUCGUACUGUACCCGGACAAGCACAGCUGGUGCAAGACAACCCCCAUCAAGCAGGUGGUCGCCUGGCCCCAGUGUUCCUCGCAGGAAUUGGACAACAACGUUUGCGUCGGGGCUUGUUUCUCGUAUAUGGUGCCGCACAGCGAACCGUCCGCGCCUGGUGACCUGAUCAGACCGUACUGCGACUCCUGUCAACCCCUCGACAGCGUCUGGCACACGGUGACGCUGGACUGCAAGGACGAAGAGAACAAUCCGAUCACCGUGCAGAAGAAGGUCCAAAUAAUCACCAACUGUUCAUGCAGCUCCUGCAUGGAAACAUCCAGGAUCAAACCGGACUACAACACCCUGCUUCAAUCCCUGACAAAGGAGAACCUGGACAAGAACGUGAAUAUCGUCCACGAAACGCCAGAUCUAUUGUUGAAUCCCAAUUUGAACGCCUCGAAGAACACUACCAGGGAUGGAGUACAGGCGAACGAAAGGUUCAUGCAGCUCUACCAGAAGCUAAAGGACACCGAGCAGCUCACGGAAUCGGGUGCCAAGGAGCUGUUCUCCAAGUUCGAAGAAGACAUCAACCUGGACAAUCUGAGGGACCUGUUGAAGAAGUACAGCCAGGAAGAGGAGAGACAGCAAUCGCAUCAGCACCAACAUCAGCAUCAACAUCAGCCUAAUGGGAAGCAACAGCAGCAACAACAACAGCAACAACAGCAUCAUCCAACGACGACGGUGCUACAUCGAGGACCCCAUCAUUCGAUGGUUCUGGACUCCGAUGUGAAAGAGAAGAUCGACGUGGAGCCGCAUUAUCUUCACCCGGCGGUCGCCGGCCAGGAGAUUAGCUAUCACGACAACGGUCUCGUGGACAAGGAUAAGAAGAAAGAUUUCUGAUCAGU